GUGCUUAUAUAGUGAUUUUCUAUUUUCAUGUGGACUAAAGUAGUGGACUGACCAACAGACUGACAUUAACAUCAGAGCCGUGCUGCUAGUGUGGCUAAAAGAAAAGAGAAGAAGAGACAGUCAUGUUGAUAUGAACAUUAGAGAAACACAUCAUGGAGCUGAAAUAUGAUCCUGCUUCCUCAUUUGGACUCAUUCAGCUCAGCUGACACAUUCAACAGCAGACAGGUUUUUGUAGCAGUCUGUCUCACUGUGAGAGGAGGAUGGUACCUCAUCUUUGGCUCUGGAACCAAACUGUCUGUAACAGAUGAGCAGGUAGUGAAGCCCGUGGUGAGCGUGUACCCAGCAGCAUCCAGAGCCCACCUGGAGGGGAACAGCUCCCUGCUGUGUGUGGCCUCAGCCAUGUUUCCUCCUCUGGUCCAGUUCUCCUGGAAAAGACAGAAGAAGAACGGCGGAGAAGCGGAGGAGCUGCCCCCUGCUGAGGGAGAGCAGCUGGAGCUCAGAGAGUCGGGACGCACCAUUGCCAUCAGGACGGUUGAUCGGGAUGUUUUUGACACAUACAUGUACAGCUGCUGGGUGAAGCACGAGGGGGGCACAGUGGAGGCCCAAACACAACAAGAGGUUCCAGCUCUUCCACCAACACUCUUCCACCUCCCACCAACUUUGCCUUCUCUUCCUUCUAUACACGAGGUGAAGCUGCUCUGCCUGCUGUACACAGUGCUGAUAGUGAAGAGUCUGGUGUACUGCUGUGGACUCUCUCUGCUGAUGAUCCUCACAAACAAGGGAGCGUCCACCAACUGCACACAUGCUGACUGACUGUUUUCUGCUCGCCUUUUCUCACCAUCAGAUUUCCUGGCUCAGCAGUCAGAAAUGUAAAUUAAAUUCUGGUUGGUUCAAUGUGUCAUUACUGAGCAUUUGACCUUUUCUCAUUAAAUAAUCUUAAUCUGUUUAAUAUAAAUUUACAAAUAAACAUGUUUGAUGUGUUUAUAGAAGCGUAGAUUCUUUAUGUGAAGUUUUAAUUUUUUGUACAUCUCUGCAGAAAAACUCAACUGAUGCAUUCAGAUCCCACCAUAACAAAAUAACAGUGUAGUUAUGUCUGAAGUAGAAAUAAAGAUUUGAACUUUAAGAAU